AUGGCUGACCAACCAGACUACGAUGCGAUAACUUGGCCCGUCCAACUCACGAGCAAAGUGCAUCGUAAAAACAACCCUCUCCUGGAUCCUAGCAACCCUACCCUUUCAGCUGCAGGCAAGACCGUCCUAAUCACUGGGGCCACAGGUGGCAUUGGUCAAGCAAUUGCUGAAGCAUGGGUAACUGCCGGUGCGAAGGCUAUCGUCAUAACCGGAAGGAGCGAAGAGAAACUACGAGAGGUUGUUGAGAAGUUGGAUGCCUUAGGCCAAGAUGAGACGAUCGUGCAGUCGUCUGGGCCCAUCGAUAUCACGAAGGAAGAAGAUGUUGCGACGUUGUGGAGGAGGGCAGCAGAAGCCGUCGGCCGAGUCGAUGUCCUCGUCAACAACGCCGGAUCCUUGACGCAAGCCAUGAUUGGCAAGUGUGAGCCAGGAAAAUGGUGGCAGGAUUUUGAAGUGAACGUCAAGGCCGUACAUCUGAACGUGCACCACUUCCUCGCCCAAGCGCCGGACGGCAAAGGCACCGUGAUUUCGGUCUCGACCGGAACAAUGGGCGACAUGUACCCCGACUUCUCCUCCUAUAUCCCCAGUAAACUCGCGCAAACCAAGUUCAUGGAGUUCCUUCAUCACGAACAGCCUGGCAUCCGCACAUUCAGCCUCUUCCCUGGCCUCGUCGCAACAGAUAUGCCGCCGAAGCAGUAUCUGGACUUUGCCCUUGAUGACCCCAUGCUCACGGGAGGCUUGACACUUUUCCUAUCUACAGAAAGAGCAGAGUGGUUGCGAGGCAGCAUGGUGAGCGUGAACUGGGACUACGAGGAGAUGGAGAUGCACAAGGAAGAGAUUCUGGAAAAGAGGUUGACGAAGUUGGCUUUUUGUAAUGCGAAGUUUGGGAAAGGAGGCCAUCCUUGGGCGACUUGA